AUGCGGUUCCCAGCAAUCACCAAGAUCGGCCUAGCCAGACGAGGUCUGCAUACCUCCAGUAUCGCGAGGGUACCUCUGUUGAUCACGCCUAAAGAAUAUCAAGACCUUCCCAAGCGAACGACCUUGCCGUUGGAUGUAUCAUGGCAUAUGCCCAAUUCUACUCGAUCGGCAGUCGCAGAAUACCUCUCCGGACCUAGGAUACCUAAUGCGAAGCGAUUCGACCUUGAUGAAGUUGCUGAAUUGGAUUUGGACAAAAACCCUCUGAGCUUAACUCAUAUGUUACCUAAACCAGAGAGGUUUGUCGAAGAAUGUCGUAAACUCGGUAUAAGGAAUGAUGAUCAUGUGGUAUUAUACGAUACGAUAGGUAUCUUCUCUAGUCCAAGGGCUUUAUAUACUUUCAAAGCCUUCGGUCAUGAGAACGUAUCGGUACUGGAUGGUGGAUUACCGCGAUACAUCGAAGAAGGAUAUGAAGUUGAGACUGGAGAUGUCAAACCUACUUUGAGAGAAUCACAAUAUAAGCUACCUCAAAAUUGGAAAGAGGAUUGGGUACGAUCGUACGAACAAAUUGUUUCCAACUCUGAGAAACCCACUACCGACCCCACCUCUGAGAUAGUAUUAGACCACCGUCCCCUACCCAGAUUCACAGGUGAAGCUCCCGAACCUCGACCAGGUCUCUCAUCAGGACAUAUCCCUAAUUCACUUCCAUUACCGUUCCCACAAUACCUCAACGCGGCGAAUGACAAAAUUCCUUAUUCAAGUUACAAAUCCAUCGAAGAGCUCAAACAAGUUUUCGAGAAGGCUUUAGGUGGUGAGGAGAAUAUGAAAAAGUAUAUAGAAGAGCAAAGAGGGGUCGUGUUGAGUUGUGGUAGUGGGAUGACAGCUGCGAUCGGAUGGUUGGCUAAUGAAUUGCUGAGGGAGCAGAGUGGGAAAGCGCUCAAGACGGCUUUGUAUGAUGAGUCGUGGACUGGUUAUGCUCUUAGGAAAGAAAGUAAGAUUGUGAAAGGGAAUGCUUAA